UUCCGGGAAGAGUCCUGCAGCUGCUACGGCGACUCCUUCCCGUCGUGCGACCCCAGAACCUGGGUCUUGGCCCUCAUUAGAACCCACUCCACUCCGCUCCGGUUUGGGGUUGGGGCGAAGCUAGCCAUGGCAGCAGGCCCGCGGGCGACCGCUGACACGGCCCCUGCAGCUGGAGCUGGAGAGGUGGAAGGUGAACAUAUCAAACCUUUUACACCAGAGAAAGCAAAAGAAAUUAUAAUGUCUUUACAACAACCUGCAAUCUUCUGUAACAUGGCUGUUGAUUGGCCAGCACAACACUGGACUGCUGAACACCUUUCUGAGGUCCUUCAUGGCAAGCAGAUACGAUUCAGGAUGGGAAUGAAAAGAACAGAUACAGUUCCUCAGUUUGAAACUACAUGUGGUUAUGUAGAAGCUACACUUGAAGAGUUUCUGACCUGGAACUGUGACCAGUCUCCUCUUUCCGGACCUUUUAGAGAUUAUGAUCAUUCCAAAUUCUGGGCUUAUGCUGACUAUAAAUAUUUUGUCAGCCUAUUUGAUGACAAGACAGAUAUUUUCGAGGGCGUGAUAUGGUCUGACUUUGGGUUUCCUGGAAGAAAUGGACGGGAAAGUACAUUGUGGAUUGGCUCUAUGGGGGCCCAUACUCCGUGUCAUCUGGACUCCUAUGGUUGCAAUUUAGUAUUCCAGGUACAAGGAAGGAAAAGAUGGCAUCUCUUUCCACCUGAAGAUACUCCUUUCCUUUAUCCAACUAGAAUCCCUUAUGAAGAAUCUAGUGUGUUCAGUAAAAUCAAUGUUGUCAAUCCUGAUUUAAAACGUUUUCCUCGGUUCUGCAAAGCUCGAAGACAUAUGGUUACCCUGAAUCCAGGACAGGUUCUGUUUGUUCCCAGACACUGGUGGCAUUACGUAGAAUCCAUCGAUCCCGUCACUGUCAGUAUAAACUCAUGGAUUGAGCUGGUUUAUUCCUGGGCAUUUUAUCUGUUUUUGUCUGCUAUGGAAGAGGACCACCAAGCCCGGGUAGAAGAAGCAAUCACACGCAUACUUGUGUGUGCCCUCAAAACUGCAGAGGACCCAUACAAUACCAGAGCUUGGUUAAACCCAACUGAGGUUGAGGAAACAUCCCAUGAAGUCAAUUGUCGCUACUUAAAUAGAGCUGUUUCCGCCCUUUUCGAUUAUUACAGAACAUCUAAGGUAGUAGAAGUCCAAGCAAUGAGAACAAACAGAGAGCACAUGAAAAAGGAAGGAUUAAAUGUGCACAAUCACAUGGAGAUGGAACAGACAGGCGGCCAGGACUUAAGCUUGGGAGUGGUAAAACAGGAGGCAGCAGGUCUCUUUGGCCCUGAUCUGGUUCCUGUAAUACUGACUUCUGAAGAACUACCCUCAAAGACAGGAAGUAUAUUUGAAGGUGAUGGUAAAGACUUUGUUGGAGAAGAUGGAGAACACUCUGGAAAAUUGCAUUGUACCAAGAGGCAACGAAUGAUGAGUAAAAGUGAGGAUGCAAUUGUGGAGCAAAAUGCUUCAAAUAGUAAUAUGGCUCCUUCUCAAACACUUAUUUCUACAGAUGACUUGCUAGACUGCUUGCUGAACCCACAAGUAACCAGGAUAGUGGCACAGCUUCUGAUACAAGGAAGAAGUUUGUGGUUCUAAGGAAAAUGGCUUUAAAAAUAAUACUUUUAAAAUAUUUUUUUGAAACGGUGUGAUUUUUAAAUAAAAGAUGGAAGAGCAAAAAUUAA